AUGGAUCAUUUCGGAGAGAAAAUGGAGCUUCUCAAACUCUCCAAAUUCAGCUUCAUCUUCUCGUUCAGGUUUAAACAGAAGCACACCGAUGAAGAAUCCGGCCGGAAAUUUCAGGAGUUUCAGGCCGAAUUAGCUUCCUCCAAUGAUCUCCGGCUAAAGCCGCAAAGAGAGUUUGGUUUGGUGAAGGUUAGUUACCUUCGGAAUGACAAUUCCUUGCUGGAGAGCAAGCAAAAAGAGUUGAAGGCGACGAUUCAUAGCCUACUUCAAACUAAGGAGACUUUCGUCAGUGCUUAUGAGGAAUCCACCUGUGAAAUGAAACGCGCGAUUCAAGUCAGAGACAGGAAAAUUGCUGUCCUUUCAGAGAAGAUAAAAUCGCAUCAAUUGCUGUUUGAUUCGAUAGAAAAGGAGGCGAUUUCUGUAAAGAAAGUUGUGGAUGAUGUGCAACAUGUUGUGAGUGAGAAAGAGGAAAUAGGCAAUGGCUGGUUAAGGAGCAAAAUGGACACUGUUUCCACAUUCGAGAAAGUAUUUAUUGAGAAGAUAAGUGACCAGGAAAAAGAACCGAGAAGUUAUAGAGAUGAGAAUCAGAGAAAGGAUAAAGUCAUUGCGGAACUAGAAUCACAGCUCGAGGCAGAAAAAAAAGUUAUAUCAGCCAAAGAUGUGGUCAUACAGAAUUUGAUUUCAGAAAAACAGCACAUCUCAGAUUAUCUUUCAGGGUUGCACUAUGAAGUUGGAACUUUGGGAACGAUACUAAGGAAGAUUCAAGACACUAUUAGAAGUAUGAAUCAAGAGGAUAAACGGGUAUUCUCCUCAAUAUUGGAACACCAAGAAGGAUGCAAAAUGAUUCUGGCGAAGGACGAUUAUAGGAUUGAAGAUGCAAUCCAGGAAAGUAUGGAAAAAGCUCAAGAAAAGCACCCCAGGGUAGCUGCAGGAGGAAUUACAGCUUCACCUCUAUCUCAAAAGUGCAAGUCAGUUAGCAACAACUUAGAAGAGAACAAUAACUUGGGCUCCUGCGUGUCAGAGUUUCACUGUUGUUCUCCACAGACAGCUUCGUCAAACCCUCAACUGCGAGCUAGUGUCCCAAGUGUCUUAUCAAAUGAUAUAAAGGGUAACUGCACAACAUCAACACAUAUAGAUUCAGAAUGCUCUUCCACUCAAGCUGAAAUGGCACAUGAUCAAAAUGAGGUUCAUGUAUAGCAUCAUCCUACCAUUUUAAUUAUGAGAGUAGUCAAAAUUAUAGAAGCAGAGAGGAUGCAAAACACUACAAGGUUGGUGCCAGCAAAUCAGGAGCUAACUGGAGCCAGCCGUAUCUACUAAUCUGCUGAAUAUUGAGGUUCAGAACACUUUCUUCAGCAAAAAGGUAACUCUUAUUCAUUACUCACUGCCUCAAAAGUUGAUGCCAAAUCCAUUUUGGGCUAUGAUUGACUCCGGCCGACCUUAUUUGAAAUUGGGGCCGACUUAGUAGUGUCAAGUCUAUUUUGAACCCCUAGAACUAGAAGUCCAAGUUUGUGUAUCAAUGCUUUAGUUUGAAUUUAGAGAAAUGCUGCAGCAAGUCAACAACUCUAGAACAAACUUCAUUUAG